AUGGCAAUAGGAGAAAGUCAUAUUCAUAAUUAUUUGGACGCCAUUUUGAUCCCAGUAAGUGUGUUCCUCAUAGCAGGAUACCAUGGCUAUCUUUACCAUUACAUCAAGAACAAACCCUCCAUCACUACUUAUGGAAUCAAGAGGCUCAGCAGAUCAGCUUGGUUCCUCCACUUAAAUCAGGGAAAUAAAGAGAAAGGAAUGCUGGUAGUGCAAAGCCUGAGAAACACCCUAAUGUCCACCAUCUUCGCAGCAACCAUAACCAUUCUCAUCAACUUUGCUUUCGCCGCCAUAACUAGCGCCGGCUACACGGCCAGCCACGGCCACAACCACCGCCACCUCUUCACCGGCGCUCUCAUGGGAUCAAAAUCAGACCAAAUCUACAGCUUCAAAUACGCAUCUGCAUCAUUUUUCGUGCUGAUUAGCUUCGUCUGCAACUCAAUGGCCAUAGGGUUUCUGAUUGAUGCCAAUUUCUUGAUGAAUUCCUGCGGUGAUUUCUUACCUGAAAACGGUUAUGCAGAAAGGGUGCUGGAAAGAGGGUUUGCGUUGGGUCUCAUUGCGAAUAGAGUAUUGUGUUUCAGUGUGCCCUUGGUAUUAUGGAUGUUUGGUCCUAUUGCUCUGGCACUGUCCUCUUUGGUUUUGAUUUGUGUGUUUCAUCAGAAUGAUUUUGUCCCCAAGUUCCCAUGUAAUAAUGCCCACAAACAGUAAUAUAUAUUGCAUCACUACUUCAAUAUAGAUUGAACACACAAUAUGCUAGAUUCUUG